UUUUAUUUUAUUUUCAUCUCUCUCUCUCUCUCUCUCUCUCUCUCUUUCUUUCUCUCUCGAAUAUUAAAAUCGUCCGUCCGUCCGUCAGUCCGUCCAUUCAUCCGUCAGUCAGUCAUUCGUUACUUGUGGUAUUGUGUCAAUUUUAGUUGAAAUUCUCAACUGUUUUUUUCUUUUUGUUUUUCUUUCUCUCGUUUACUUCUUUUCUCUUUCCCCACCCUUCAUCCCUCCCUCCCUCCUUCUCCUUCUCUUCCCUUCUAACUGUGAUUUAAUAAUCGUGUAGUAUAUGCGAACUAUCGUUCGCUCGCUCGCUCCUUUGCAAGUGAGAGAGAAAGAGAGAAAGAGAGAGAAAGAGAGAGAGAGAGAGAGAGAGUAAGAAAGAGAAAGAGAGAGAGAUUGAAGAAAACAUGAAAAAUAUACGUUUAUUUUAAAAUACAAUUCCCGUUCAGUACCGAUAUAUUCGUCUUACGUUCCCUGAUACGCCGUGAGGUUAAAUAGAAACGUUAAAAAAAAAAAAAAAAAAAAAGAAAGAGAAAGAAAGAAAGAAAAAAAGGCAAAUACGGACGAACGAGAACACGAUCGAAGAAAAAACUUAUCGAACCGAACUCUAUAACCAACGAUCGCGACGAUUAUUAUAUUCUUCGGGAAAGGACGUGGCGGCUGUGUGAGAAAAAGAGAGAGAGAGAGAGAGAGAGAGAGAGAUGGACGGAGGGAUAUAGGGAGAGAGGGAGGGGGACUAACUGUGCAUAUGUAAUAUAAAUAUAUGUGUGCGUUUGAGAAAAGAGAGAUAAAUUGUGUUGUGUGUUGUACUCUGCGAUGAAGGAGAGGAACGCGUUACUGGAUUGAAACUGCUGCCUUCGUCGUCCAAAAGAAAGAAAGAAAGAAAGAAAGAGAAAGAGUAAGAGAGAGAGAGAGAAAGAGAGAAAGAGAGAAAGAGAGAAAGAGAGAAGAUCAUCGCCAUGGCGCCCCCAGACAGGCACAGAUCGCCUCGCCCUGGCUCGGGUCUCAGCCUCUCCGUUCUCGAUCUGGCGCAGAUUCGUGCAUUGGUCGAAUCGACGGGAAUGCUCGGUGGUUCGACGUGCCCUUCCUGCGAGAUGCCCUUCGAUAAAGGGAAAAAACGACGGUUGAUCGAUUCCUGCGGCCACGAGAGAUGUUACUCUUGCCUUUUCCGUAGCGAGGCUUGUCCACUCUGUAUGAGGGCAGAACAUCAACGAACCGAUCUCAAUGGCGACGAUGAGGAAGACGAGGAAGGUUUGAUCGAUGGUAGAACCUUCGGUGAGGAGUUCGUCUUAGGUUCAAACAUCGAACCUAUGUCAACCCUUUUACCUAUCGAUGGUGCUUGGAUCGAUGACUCAUCGACGAUUAACUCACUUUGCGGGAGUCCAAGGCCACGGAGUAAACUCACGACUCGGGCCAAUCUAACGUCUAGAACAAUCCACCAACGUGAAAACAUGGCUGACAACGUUCAAAUCGGAGAGCACGCUAAAGGUUCAAAAAGUAAAGUGAACUCACCGUUGAACUCUCAUACUCGACAGAAACCUCAAAUGAUGACUCAGAGUUGCCCUACGCCGCCCAAUCAACGAAGAAGAUUCUUUUUAAAUCCAAAAGUAUUGAGAAGUUCCUUUGGACCGCAACGAUCGUCGAGACGCGGAACCUCCUCCCCUGAACCACCCACGGCCGAUAAUCCUUCCGCAUUGUCAGCAUGGAUGGCAUCAUCUUGGGAAGGAAAAUCAAGAUGGCCAGGUCUGGUUCUGGGAAAAAUCAAAUCUUUAUGGAGCAACAGUCAAGGAACGGCAAACGAUGGACUUAAUCAGCUAAUUGAUUCUUCCAAUAAACUCGCAGACGACGAGGGUGGUUGCGUGAAACCAUUGUCAUCGAAAACACGAAAAUCGUCGCAAUCGGAUCUUUAUAUGAGAUUGGGAUUAUUACUCGGUGGUAACCACGGACGAGAAAAUUCACCGGUUGAUACUACAAACUAUUUUACGGGUGCGUCCAAUCGUGUUCCCGUUAACACUGGUAUUCAAAGGGCACCGAUGCAAGGUCACGAUAGUUCGGCAGCGUCCUUCAGCAGUUUGACGAGCUUUGAGACGCAAACAUUAGCAUCGACCAAUACCAGUCCGGUAUCAACGUUAACAGGUACAUCGAGUGAAACCGAAGCGGCAGCUGCUCUACGUUCUACUAAUAAACCGAAGGGCAAGAUAAAAGGAAAAAUAAAGUCGAGAGAUUGCGACAGUGCCGGUAGUUUGGUAUCAAUCUCAACCUCGGCAUCAGCUUCUACGUCGAUGUCAAUGUCGAUGUCAGUUUCCGUUUCCGGUCUUUCGAACGGUAGUUCGAGCCCGUUAACACCAAGAAGACAUUCCGUUAAUGCCUCGCAAUCUAACCAACCCAAUGAGGAAGUAAAUCAAUUUAAGAACCGACGUACAUGCGUCAGAAGAUCGGCCAGGGCUGGUAACGUCAAGGGAAGCAUCGACCCCAAACUACGCUUCGUUCAGCAUCACGCCACGUCACAACUUACACUGAAGCCAUUAUUCUUUGAAGUUCCUCUUCUCGAAACUGAGCCAUUAUUCACAGGACGUAUUUGGCUAUUACACGAAAUAUUAUCCGUGAUAAACAGUUCGAGUCCUGGUAUAUUAAUAUCCGGAUCACCUGGUACAGGUAAAACGGCAUUGGUAUUGCAGUUGGUGGAACAUAGUUGUUUUGGUAGGCGACGUGUGCAACCGGUUCCGCCGGAAAUAACCGAGGAGAUCGAGAAUGAUAGAGAAAAAUCAAAUGCCUCGAGCACUCUUCAAUCGAAUGUUAGGCGCACCAAUGAAAAGGUUCGAGAAUUGGCGUCCCACGUAGUGGCCUAUCAUUUUUGUCAGGCCGAUAACAAUAGCACCUGUCUUGUACCAGAUUUGAUUCAUUCGUUGGCCGCACAAUUAUGUCAGGCACCUCAAUUGAUCGCUUACAGGGAAUAUUUAUUGUCCGAACAACAUCUACAGGGCUCACUAUCGCAAAGGGAGUGCACCGUAGAUCCGGAUCUUGCACUUUCAAGAGGCAUCAUCGAGCCACUUUUAACAUUAAGAAAAGCUAAUAGAUUGCCUGAAUCUACGAUGGUAAUUCUCAUCGAUGCCGUUUGCGAAGCUGAAUAUCACAGACCUGACAGAGGUGACACAAUAGCGUCCUUCUUAACGAGGCACGCGCCUAACUUUCCAAGCUGGCUCAAGGUCAUUUGUACGGUUAGAACGCAAUUAUUGGAAUGCGGUAAACAACUACCGUACACUAGGAUAUCGUUGGACAAAACUUCAAACGAUGUUGCUAGUAACAAUGUCACCAAGGACUUGUCCGAUUACAUUGGUUAUAGGCUCGCACAAAGUCCCGCGAUACAGACCAACGUGACCGCAUCCGUUAAUGGAAAAACGGAAUCAUCGUGUGGUGCCAAUCAAACUAGAUUCGCCUCGCAUUUAUUAACAUUGGCCAGAGGAAGUUUUCUAUUUGCAAAAUUGACCCUGGAUCUAAUCGAGAGUGGACAUCUAGUUGCUAAAUCAGCGAGUUACAAAGUUCUACCAGUUUCCCUCGCACAAAUCUUCCAGUUACAUUUCAACCUAAGAUUUCCUACAGCGACCUCCUUCGAUAAGGUCCAACCUCUCUUGGGCGUAUGUCUGGCAGCUUUGUAUCCCCUGACAUUAUUAGAAAUUUAUUAUUCGAUAAAUUCAUUGACUACAAAUCACUUCGUUUCGUGGGAGGAUUUCAUGCAGAGAUUUAAGAUGCUCUCUGGGUUUCUCGUGAAACGACUAGACGACACAUAUAUGUUCUUUCACCCGUCAUUCAGGGAAUGGUUAAUGAGAAGGGACGAAGGUGAAUCUACUAAGUUUCUCUGCGACUUGAGACUCGGGCAUGCAGCUAUUGCGUUUAGAUUGUCACGUCUACAGGCACCAUUAGACGGUGAAAAAGCAUUGGAGCUUGGUCAUCAUGUAUUGAAAGCACACGUUUACAGGGGUGUCGCCCCUUGUUGGCCAUCACGUGAUUUACAAGCAAUCUGGCUGGCUUCAUCGACGGAAUGCGUUUCCUCGGCAUUGUGCACAUUACGUAAUAUUUAUAGUCCGAAUGUAAAAGUAUCAAGAUUGCUUCUGCUGGCGGGAGCAUCACCAAAUCACGUAACCGAAUAUUUAGGAAACGCACCGGUUCUUUGUAUGUAUGCACACGAGGGUUCAGUAGAGAUGGUCUCGCUUCUUCUUGAAUUUGGUGCGGACGUUGAAUUAACCAAUAGCCAAGGUUGCACGGCACUGUCUCUCGCUGCGGCACGAGGUCAUUGUGACGUUGUUAGAAGAUUAGCCGCAGCCGGAGCUUCACUUGGUCACGUCGACAUGGCAGGACAAUGUCCAUUAGUACACGCGUCGAGACACGGUAAAUUGUCCGUAGUUGGUUAUCUAUUGGCAUGUGACUGGCUCGUACCGAGUGGUUUGAAAACAACCGAAAACAAUGUAUCGUCAGAGAUAAGAAGGGAAGAGGCAGCUCAGCAAGCGGUUGUCGCAGCUGCUGCUCAAGGUCACGAGUCGAUCGUAGAAUAUUUGUUGGACAUGGCCGAGGUUAUAGUAGAUUUACCAGAUACCUUGAUAGGUGAAACAGCUUUGACAAUCGCCGCGGCUAAUGGCUCGACUACAACAGUUUCCGCACUUUUGGCUCGUGGUGCUAGCCCAUUGUCUGUUAAUGCUAAAGGUCUCUCGCCAUUGAUGUUAGCCGCGAGAGAAGGUCAUUGGGGUACAGCUGAAAGACUCUUACAAGGAACAUUAUCAAGUAGUACAGACACCAUUCUAGAUGACGCUUUAACUUUAUUGGAUCAACGCGAUCCUUCUGGACGUACGGCUUUGAUGUUAGCCGCCUCCGAAGGACAUACGAAUCUUAUUGAAAUGUUUCUCGAUAAAGGAUCCGUACUCGAAGCCAAGGACAAAGAAGGCCUUACCGCUCUUUGUUGGGCAUGCGUUAGAGGAAGAUUAACCAGCGUACAAAAUCUUCUUGAUCAUAAUGCCGACGUUAACACGAGCGACAACACUGGUAGAACACCUUUGGAUUUGGCUGCGUUUCAGGGUAAUCCAAAGCUCGUACAAUUGUUACUCGAGAAAGGAGCCGCUGUCGAGCAUGUUGACUUGCACGGCAUGCGACCAUUGGACAGAGCAAUCGGAUGCCGCAAUAUACCAGUUGUACAAUGUUUCUUAAGACGCGGUGCAAAACUCGGACCAGCUACUUGGGCAAUGGCCGCUGGAAAACCCGAUGUCUUGCUUAUAUUAUUGAACAAACUUUUGGAGGACGGAAAUGUACUUUAUCGAAAGAGCCGUUUGAAGGAAGCCUCGCAUAGAUACGCAUACGCUCUUAAAAAAUUUCCUAUAUCACCUGAGGAAGAUUGUCAGGGACAGGAACAGGGUCACAUGAUAUUGCAACUUCAGAGUUUUGCACAAUUGCGAUUGAACUUCUUCCUGAAUCUUAGCCGAUGCAAGCGCAAGAUGAACGAAGGUGCAGAAGCCAUUGAACUUGCCGAAGAAGCAUUGAAAGUACGGCCAACGUCCUACGAAGCAUUUUAUGCGCGUGCAAAGGCACGCGUUGACGUUGGUCUCUUAGAGGAGGCUAUGUCGGACGUACAGGAAGCAUUACAAAUAGCACCGGCACAAAAUCGUCAGGAUCGUCGGGUUUUAAUCGUUCUAAGGGAUGAAAUAGUAUCACGUAUCGACGAGGCCGCAAGUGCGAACAAAGAAUCGAACGAUUGUAAUAAUCGAUCGCGUCUACGUGCCUCCGUUGACACACUCACGGAAUUAUAAAUAUUAUCGAGAUAUCGAUACUAGUUUUAUAAAGGUAGAAAGAGAAAGAGAGAGAGAGAGAGAGAGAACAUUUCUUUUUAUUUUUUUUUUUUUUUUUUUUUUUUUUUUUUUGCAACACCCGAUAACUUCCGAUCAUUUCGAAUUUAAGUCUUAAAGACGAUGAUUUGUUUCUUGAAUUAUUAUUAUUAUUAUUAUUAUUAUUAUGAUUAUUAGUAGGAAGAAAAAAAAACAAAAAAAAAGGAGAAAGAACGUGAUUUAUUAACUUAUUUAAUAUAAUUAUGUUAUACGUAAUUAUUCUCCAUCAUUAUUUUCGAUCGCAAUCGGUCGUUGUAAUGCAAAACAAAUUACAUGCCGCACUACUUGCUCUUUUUUACUGUUUUUUUUUUCUUUUUAUUAUUAUUAUUAUUAUUAUUAUUAUUAUUAUUAUUAUUGUCGCAUAAACCGAUUCGGGAUAUCAUAUUUAUGUGUUAUAUUUAAAAUGACUUUAUCGUGAACGUAAGUACUGCCAAGUAAUAGGAGAGCAAGUUCCAAAUGCUCGUAUCGUAUUUAGCUAUUAUUAUAUACUAAUUCCGUAUUACGGUAAUAUAAAUAACAUAAAUAAGUUUGUUUAAAUGGAGAAACGUAUUGGGUAUUUCUUUCUUUAUUUUUUUUUUUUAUUUUAUAUAUAUAUAUAUAUAUAUAUAUAUAUAUAUGUGUGUGUGUGUGUGUGUGUGUGUGUGUAUAUGUAUAUGCAAAAGAGAAACGCGCAAAAUUGUCAAAACAAACGGAUUCUUUUUAUGUAAGAGAUUUAAUUACUGUGCAGAAACGUGAUCAUCAUACAAAGAAAAAAGAAGAAGAAAAAAAAAAAAUAUAUAUAUAUAUAUAUAAAUCUGUAUUAUAUAUGUAUAUGACAAUUAAAAAUUGGCUUACGUAAGAGUAUCCGUUGUAGUAAUAAUAAUAAUAAAAAAAAAAAAAAAAUUAUUUAAUAAUUUCUUUCAGUAUUUUCG